AUGGCGAUGCGGACGCUGCUCUGGGUGACGGCGCACCUGGUGUCUCCACGUGGGCCCCCAUCCACCCCCAUGCACCCCCAUCUCAACCCCUGCUCUGCAAUCCACCAGGCACCCAAAGGCGUCGAGGAGCCACCCCAGGCCCUCUCACCCACGCCAAGCCCAGUCCAUUUAACACCCUACGUGGCCCGCGGGUGCACCCGCAGGCUCUUCGCAGCCAAGUGCAGCGGCUGCAUGGAGAAGAUCGCCCCUACGGAGUUUGUGAUGCGGGCACUGGAGUGCGUGUACCACCUGGGCUGCUUCUGCUGCUGCGUUUGUGAGCGGCAGCUACGCAAGGGCGAUGAGUUUGUGCUCAAGGAGGGCCAGCUGCUGUGCAAGGGUGACUACGAGAAGGAGAAGGACCUGCUCAGCUCUGUGAGCCCCGACGAGUCCGACUCCGUAAAGAGUGAGGACGAAGAUGGAGACACGAAGCCUGCCAAGGGCCAGGGCAGCCAGAGCAAGGGCAGCGGGGACGACGGGAAGGACCCACGGAGGCCCAAGCGACCCCGCACCAUCCUCACCACGCAGCAGCGGAGGGCCUUCAAGGCCUCCUUCGAGGUCUCGUCCAAGCCCUGCCGAAAGGUGAGGGGCUGCUGCUGGGGGCGGGUCAGGGACUGGCACGAACUGCGUCUUCUGCAGAUGAAGAAGUUGGCGAGGCGGCACCAGCAGCAGCAGGAGCAGCAGAACUCGCAGCGGCUGGGCCAAGAGGUCCUGUCGAGUCGCAUGGAAGGGAUGAUGGCCUCCUACACGCCUCUGGCGCCUCCGCAGCAGCAGAUCGUGGCCAUGGAGCAGAGCCCCUAUGGCAGCAGUGACCCCUUCCAGCAGGGCCUCACGCCACCCCAAAUGCCAGGUGACCACAUGAACCCCUAUGGGAACGACUCCAUCUUCCACGACAUCGACAGCGAUACCUCCUUAACCAGCCUCAGCGACUGCUUCCUGGGCUCCUCCGACGUGGGCUCCCUUCAGGCCCGCGUAGGGAACCCCAUCGACCGGCUCUACUCCAUGCAAAGUUCCUACUUCGCCUCCUGAGAGCCAGCUGGCCGCAUGGACACUUGGGCUAGGGUCCUGGGGUGGGGCCGCAGGCCACAGCGGCCAGCCUCGCCACCCCGGCCCCGCUGCCCGCAUAGACUCUACAGACAGCCAUACGGUGCCCUCCCCUCGGCCAGCCAGGCCUGGCUAGAGUGCCCACUGGGCACAGCCGGACAGGCAGAUGAGCACAGCCUGGACAGGGGCUGUGUCCUGCCCACAGAGACCCUGUCACCCCCAGGAACCCAGAGCUCUCGGACAGCCACUCUCCUCCUAGCCCCACCUCGGCCUCCAUUGCCUCCUCUGUCCCCAUCUUUUUUGGGAAGCUUAAAUUCUCUCUAUUUUUUUAAACAUCCUCUCUGUGUCCAGCCAAGCUUCACAGCCCAGGCUGAGGCCGAGGCAGGGCCCCGUGCGUGCCCCAGGACGAUGUGUGUGCAGGGCCUAUUACCUGUGAGAAGCGUGGGUACCUGUACCCUGUGCUGGUGCCCACCUCCCCCACCUCCACAGGCAGGCCUGCCAGCCGAGGAUCACCCCUCAAAGCAGCCAGAGCCUGGAGUAAUGGUGGGGAAGAGCCUGCCAGGUGCCAGGCCCACGGUGGCUCUGCCCUGAGGGGGAGUCACUGGGGAGGGUAGCCAGAGCCAGGCAGACCUGAGGGGACAGACACACAUGUGCGGGUGCACACACACUUAAAGGCACACUUACUGCAGAUAUGCACAGAGAUAUAGAGACACUGAGAGAGAUGGAGAGGCCUCUGUGGAGCAGCUCUGCUGGGUCAGGAAGGGGAAGGAGGCCAGACUGGGAAGGAAGCCCUCUUACAGUGAUGGGAGAGGAAGGAGGGAGGGAAGGGAGGAGGGGAGAGGGUAGGGUGAGCUUGAAGCAGGUGGCCUCAGAUGUAUCCCAGGGCUGCCCGAGCAGGCAGGGCAGCCACCAACCAGCUCCAAGGGCAGAGACACAGUGCUCAGAACCAGGCAGAGUUGGGCAAAAUGGCAGAGCCUCCAAGUGGAAAGGGACCUCACAAGUCACCCACUUGGCACUGCAUCUUAUGUUUGGCUCCUCAAGCCACCUCUGCCUCUUGUGGCAUACCUCCUGUGACAAGGAGCCCACUGCUUCCUCAGGCACCC